CGCCAUAUUUGUGUAAAAAAAAAAAAAAAAAGAGGACGACGGACAGCUGCCUGUCUCACCCUCACAUCCGUCAUCAUGAUGUCGAUGAACAGCAAGCAGCCGUUCAGCAUGCACCCCAUCCUGCACGAGCCCAAGUACACGCCGCUGCACUCCAGCUCCGAGGCCAUCCGCCGGGCCUGCCUGCCCACGCCGUCGCUCCAGGGCAACAUCUUCGCCGGCUUCGACGAGACGCUCCUGCAGCGAGCCGAGGCGCUGGCCGCCGUGGACAUAGUGACCCAGAAGAGCCACCCGUUCAAGCCGGACGCCACGUACCACACCAUGACCAGCAUGACCAGCAUGACGUGCACGCCCACGUCGUCGUCGGCGCACCUGCACCACCCCUCCGUGCUGACCUCGCACCACCACCCGGCGCACCACCACCAGCCGGCGCAGGGCCUGGAGGGCGACCUGCUGGAGCACCUGACGCCCGGCAUCUCCCUGGGCGGCAUGGCCGGCUCGGACGUGUGCUCCACGGCGUCGCACAUGAGCGCCAUCAACCACAUGCAGCACCACCACCACCACCACCACCACCACGCGCAGUCCGUCAACAUGCACGCGCACGGCCUGGGCUCGCACGGCUCCCUCGGGGGCGGCGCGUCGGGGGUGGUGGUAGGCGGCGGCGGCGGGGGCCCGGCGGGCGGCGACGCGGAGCCCGACCCACGGGAGCUGGAGUCGUUCGCGGAGCGCUUCAAGCAGCGGCGCAUCAAGCUCGGCGUGACGCAGGCGGACGUGGGCGCGGCGCUGGCCAACCUCAAGAUCCCCGGCGUGGGCUGCUUGAGCCAGAGCACCAUCUGCAGGUUCGAGUCCCUGACGUUGUCGCACAACAACAUGGUGGCGCUCAAGCCCAUCCUGGAGGCCUGGCUGGAGGAGGCGGAGCGGGCGCAGCGCGAAAAGAUGGCCAAGCCGGAGAUCUUCAGCGGCGGCGACAAGAAGCGCAAGCGCACGUCCAUCGCGGCCCCGGAGAAGCGCUCGCUGGAGGCCUACUUCGCCGUGCAGCCGCGGCCCUCGUCCGAGAAGAUCGCGGCCAUCGCCGAGAAGCUGGACCUCAAAAAGAACGUGGUGCGGGUGUGGUUCUGCAACCAGAGGCAGAAACAGAAGCGCAUGAAGUUCUCGGCCACGCACUAAUAAUACACACACACACACACACACACACACACACAUACCCCCCAAAAAGUCCUUUUUAAAAAAUGGUUUUUCUUUUUUCUUUUCUUUUUUUCCCAUUUUCACUUUUGAGAGACAAAUCAUGGACCGGCUGCUAUGUCUGUGCCUCUGGAGCUGCGAGCUGAACGAACCUUCUGGGAAGUCACGAAAUCCAAAUACUUCGUCAAUGUACCUGAGUAGAUUCUUCAGGUUUAUUUCUUUAUUUUUACUCCCUCCAUUUUCAAACAGGUAUCUGCGUUUCACAACUGACUUGGUCAAAAUUGCCUCAAUGUUACCUCUUUUUUUUUAACCUCCGUUGAAAAAUACAAAUAAAAACGAAUUUCCCUUUUUUUCAGAGACAAACCGUGGCCUGGCUGCGAUGUUUGUGCCUCGAAACGAGACAUUUCAUGACCUCUUAUUAGUGGAGGUAACGAAAUACACAUACUUCGUUACUGUACUUGAGUAGAUUUUCAAUUUAUUUAUUUUGGUCCACGUUUUUUUUUUACUUGUACCCUGGGUAAAACUUUAAAAUAGAAAUGUCUACUUUCUGCUCUUAUUUUGUCACAGUCACGUUAUUUUUGUUGUAUUUUUCUUCACGAAAGAUGACGUCACGACGUAAAACAAUUUAGGGGACUUGAAAGGCCGGAAAGAAAAACAGGGACAGCCCAGAAAUGGAGUAAGGGGAACUAUCAAUCUUUAGGAGAAGCAAGAUAUUCCCCAUCCGAGGCCUUAUUUGAGAUUUUUUUCUUUUUUUUUUGAAGUUGUCGUGCACAAGAAUGAUUUGUGGCCAAUGCAGAUUUUCUCUGUCUUGUAGUGAUAAUGUUUUUCUUUUGAAUUCAAGUACAUUUCAGAAUCUGUAUUUGUUUUCCCUUUUACUUAAAAACACGACUUUUAGUGUCUUUUUUUCAUAUCUGUACUUCUGCCAGAGUGUGAGUAAUUGUCUUCCAUUAUUAUUAUUUUUUUAAGGCGAUGAAAUGUCUUGUCAAUAUGUUCUUAAAUGGGCAAAAUCUGGACGAUGGACUCGGACGAUUUGGAUGAAAACCCAUGUACCCUGAACGCACCACGCGCGGACUUUUCAUUCAUAAGAUAAUUAUUGUACAAAAAAAAAAUACAAAUGACUCCCUUUUUUAUAUUUAUCAAUGUACAUAUUGUGUGAAUAGGUUGCACCGAUGUGAUGAAUUGUUUUUUGUUGAUUAUUUUUCAUGAUAAUGUAAAAAAAAAAAAUAGAGAGAACGAGAAAAACAAGCCACAUGCAUGUUUUGUUUGUUUGUUUGUUUAAUUGAGUGUGUCUUUUGUGCGAGUUUAGGAAAUUCCCACUGCAGCGAACGCAUCGCAAUAAGAAGAAGAAACACAGUUGUGUCUUGGCUGUGUGUCUACCUCAUUACUAAACACACACACGAAAAAGUGUUCAUGGUGAUUUAAACACACACA